AUGCCAACAGCGGUCGAAGUUGGAGUACCUGAUGAGAACCUAGAAAUGUUCAAAGCAUUAUGCCUGGCUGAUUUGGCAAAUCAUGGGAUCACCCGUCUUUCGUUUGAUUGGGAGUUGGCGGACAGGUCUCCUUGGAACCAAACUGUAGCAAUAUUCAUUGCCAAGCAUUGGCAGUAUGCCUACUCUCAGGGCGCGUUUGAUGACAAGGCAAUAUGGUCGGCCCACAACACCGAAAAAACAUGCAUUGGCAUAAUACUUAGAUGGUUACGUGGCCGUUCGGAAGAUAUUCGUCAAAAACGCCGAUCUCCUGAAAAACUUCGACAGAAAGAGGCCUGUCGUAAAAAAAGAAUGCUUUUCAAAUACCGCGCGGAUUCAUUAUCGCGCCUUCUAGUAGCCAGAAAUCUGCCUCAAGAUGCAUCCGUCAUUUUACCACAUCACAACUGUUGCUCGGACACCGAGUGGGAUCCUGAAGAAACACAAUAUCCAUCAGUAGGACUUGUCUGGAGAAGUCAACAGUACACUUCUUUGAUUCAUCAAAUUGACGGGCUGUCUUUUAAAUAUUCUAAAUCUACUCAGGGUGCACGUGCUGCCUCCCAACGGUUUGAUCAAUGUCGCACACAAGCCACUCAAACUAAUAUUCACGCUGCUGUUUGUCCUGGUCUCCCCGAAAAUUGCUAUGACCCACUUUUUAUCUCCAAUUUGACAACUGAAGAAAGAGCUGCACUUAACUUGAAGCCUGUGUCAAAUCUGUUGAUUACUCUACCUACUGAGAUAGAAGACUUUGCGGUCUAG